CUAAGAGUACAAUGGAUAAGUUAAUUACACAUUCUAUUUUGUAUACCAAGAACAAGGAUGAUAAAUAGUUAUCUUGAUGAUGAUUAGUUAUACAAAUUUAAAUGGUAAAGCGAGUUCAAAUUCAAAGGUUCGGAAGUUUUUACAUAAGUGUUUUGCUUGUAUGUGUAUUCGUUAUCAAGAAUGUUUUGCGCGUUGCAGUGGAAUGAUAAAUUUCUUGUAUAAGUGUUUUAUUGAAAUAAAGGUUCGAAUUUUGUUCAUGAUUCUUUAAAAACAACGUAAUUUGUAUUUUACUGCAUUAUAUAUAUUUUAUUAUACAACAAUCAAUUGGGAAAGUAAUUGGAAUACAAUUAAAUUAAAAGUUAAUUGGAACGGAAGGGAAAUGUUCUGUCAUGGUGAAGAGCGAGUUCCACUUAUAUCACGAGUGAAGAAACAAUGGAUUCCGACACGAGUUCUGAUUUGCAUAAUGAUGUUCACGGCCUGUUGGACCAAUUACAUGUGCCGUCUGCAAAUGCCGAUCCUCGCCGUACCAAUGAUCAAAGCUCUACCGGGUAAUGUAACCGAGGGUGUCUGCAGAGCCGAGCAUUCUCGAGUUCGCCGCGCGAUAUUUUGGUUGGAUCCGGGCGCCUAUCUGGAAGACUACAUCCUAUCAGAGAGGAUAGAAGCUACACAAAAUGCAGUGGAUCCAAUGGCACACAAUAUUCGUGUACGCAGGAAUAAUGACGAACGAAAGGUUCGCCCAAUAGACAGUCCCAUAGAACUAUUCAGUGGCCUACCUUUCGACUGGAAGCCUGAGAUUCGCGGUCAACUGAUUGCUGCAUACAGUUACGGAAAUGUUCCUGGUAACUUCAUCGGUGGCUUGAUGGCUGUCAAAUGGGGUGCUAAGCAGUCCAUCUUGUGGACAUCUAUAGUAGCCGCUAUAGUGUCGCUGAUCAGCCCGAUUCUUGCGCAGUUUCACUGGGGAGUUCUUCUUUUCUCAAGAAUAAUCAUCGGUGUUACUGGUGGAGUAACUUUUCCAGCCUGUCAUAGUUUGGUUGCACAAUGGGCACCACCGAACGAGAAGGCCCGUUUCGUUUGGUCUUUACUCGGCGGUACGUUCGGUACCAUCUUAACGUAUCCUAUGAUAGCUGGUAUUGCAGAAAAUAUACACUGGGAGAACGGAUGGUACAUUCCAUCGCUACUAAUGAUGAUUUGGAUAUUCUUCUGGGCUGUAAUUACAUACGAUACUCCUACAGAGCAUCCUGGUAUCUCAGAUGAAGAAAAGGAAUACAUUCAAAGUUCGCAAGCAGGCACAGUGAGGAAAGAAAAACCUUCACUGAAGGAAACUCCAGUCAAGGAAAUAUUUACCUCGAUACCUUUCCUCAGUUUAGUCUGCUGCCACUUCGGGAAUUUGUUUCUUUUAUUCUUCUACCAGAAUGCCAUGAUGCUUUAUCUAACGAAAGCUCUAGGAUUCGAAUUGACGAAAGGAGGUAUGGCUGCUAGUCUGCCUUGGGCUUGCAGGAUGUUGUUCGGAUUUUUCUUUAGCUGGGCCGGUGAUACGCUCAAGCGGAAGGAAAUAGUUUCUGUUACCAUAAUACGUAAAGGCGCCACGUUCUUCUCUCAUUUUUUGCCAGGCAUCUUCCUUAUUCUAGUCGGCUACGUUGGAUGUGACUUAGUUCUCGCGAACGUUUUUCUCGUGCUGGCAUUAGGUUUCAAUGGAGCAGCGAGUAUCUCUAAUUUGUCCAACAAUCAAGAUCUAUCACCGAAUUUCGCCGGCUUUAUAUACGGUAUCAUGAACACGGUUGGUUGCGCUUCUGGCAUGAUUAUUUCUCCUAUGGUAGAGGAAAUAGCUGGAAAAUACGGAAAUCCUAUUGACAGAUGGCAAACGUUAUUCUGGAUUGGUUCGGGCGUGUGCAUAAUUUGUAUGAUUAUCUUUCUGUUGGGAGGAAGUGGAAAUAUCCAAAGCUGGAAUGAAAUUCGAACCCAACCGGAUGCGGAGCGCGGCAGAAACUAAUUAAAUUCUGACUUUUACAUUUUUAUUAAUAUUGAAUGUCUUAAUGUGAACGCGAAUGUGAUCAAAAACAAGUAUUAAGAUGUAUUUUCAAUUUCACAUCUAUAAAAACUAGAAUUACAUUUUACAAUAUUUAUGAAACGUUUAACAACUAGAGCAAAUUAUCGUGGACCGAAGAAUAUUGUAAAUAUUUUAUAAAUUGGUCAACUGAACUGACGAAUUUUAUAUACCAAGUGAAACUUAAUUUUUUAUAUGAUAUAAGAAUUGUUAUUAAAUGUUUCGUCAUUAAAUAAAUUUAUACGAUA